AUGGACCGCACAAUUCAAGAAAUCGAAGUCGAGAGAGAGAUCGAGAGAGAGAGAGAGAGAGAGAGGGGGGGAGAGAGAAUGAAGAAAUUGAUAGUGAUAAUAGAGAUUUUGUUUGUGGUGGGAUUAGUGGGGAAUGCGGCGGCAUAUAACGAGGGCGAUGUGAUCCACGUCGCCGGUAAGGUGCUUUGCCAAGAUUGCUCUCUUAGCUUCCACGAUUGGAUCAACGGCUCUGCCCCCAUCAAAAGAGCCGUAGUAUCAAUCACAUGCAUGGACGAGAGGAGGAGAGUGAGGUACUAUGGAAGCGACGAAACCGACGAGAGAGGCGAGUUCGAUUUGCUCGUCAACAAGACCCUCAACGGCAAAGAUCUCAAGCCUCGACUCUGUACCGUACGGCUCGUCUCUUCUCCUGACCGGUCCUGCGAUAUACCGACCGAUUUCGGUAAAGGCCAAACCGGCGUCAAAUUGCUUAGACCAUUCAGUGUAUACCGGGAUCUGGUUAAGUAUGUGGUCGGACCGUUUUAUUAUACCACUCCCAUGUGUGAUGUACCGAAAACCGAAAAUACCGGAGGCCGCUACUAGAAGCGGAGGGUUCUUGGAUUUGAGUGUUUCUUUAAUUUCCUUUGAACAUUGUUCUCUGUUUUUUUUUUUCUUUUAUUUUGGUGUUCUUGUGAGAAGAAGUUAUGACUUUUAAUUGAUUCUAAACCCAUCAAAGGUGUGCAUUUUUUUCAUUUAUGAAAUUUAUUGA